UGCCGUGUUUGGGAUAUAGGUCUCGUAGUUUAGUGUGUGUUGUGUGUUUCAGGUGAAUAUGAAUAAAAAUAUAGAAUACGUUGUAUUACUAAGUGCAGUAUUAUUGAUAACGAGAAAUGUAGAUGCACAAACUGAAUUUGAUACAAGAAAUAUAGCAAACGGUGAAUACUCAUACAUGUAUGAAGACGAUUUCCAAAGUAAAAGCGAGACUGCUAAGCAUGAUGACCAAGGUGACCUGAAAGUCAAGGGUCAGUACAAAUAUGUAGUUGACAACAAACAGUACACGAUAACCUACACGAGUGACAAAGACGGCUAUCAUGCAAAAGUUGCCGUCGUGGAUUUAUCACAAUCAGACUAUAAUGAAGAUGAUAUCAGCGACCGCUUCGGCUCAGAGAUGGUAUUGGCUUCACUUGUAGGCAAAUGAUCGAAAUUGUAAAAAAUACUGGAUAUCGAUGGAUUUAAACACAACACUUCACCUCUCUACACCUUUCCUAUAAGAUUUACUAACUCAUAGGUAGGUACGUAAACGUAUGUAACCCAUGCGGUAGAAUGUUUCUGUUAAUGAUGAAUGAGUUGAAUCAAUGUUUUAGCAAAUAAAAAAAAUUGCCAGCAUUUAAAAAAUGAUUCAAAAAUGAUCUCAUCUACUUCAACAAAGUGUACAACAUUUGUUCUAUGAGUUUUAACAUAACUCAAUGCCUACAUUAGCAGUUUCAACAUUUAAUACUUAUACGUUAGAAGUCUCAUUUAUAAACGAAAUUAUUAAAUAACCCUGUAUUUUAUAAUUCGAAUAACAAUACUUUUUAGAAGUCAAAGAUCAAACCAGUCCAAUUAUGGAGCUGAAUAAGGCUACUAAAACAAAAACUUAUUUUCAACAUAAAUAAAUACCUAAUUGUCUACAAAACCUUUGAUAA